CCCGACCUUUCUAAAAGAGCUGCAGGAAGGGACUUCUUGGCUACUGAUGGCAAAGCUCUACAGUUUCGCUCUUGUUGCUCAGGCUGGAGUGCAGUGGUGCAAUCUUGGCUCACUGUAACCUCCACCUUCCGGGUUCAAGUGAUUCUCCUGCCUCAGUCUCAUUUUCGUCAAAGGGCCCGCAACUCAAACAGAGCAUUUGGACUAUAUCACUCUUAACUCUGCAGCAAGCUUUCCUGAAGUGGAGUUAGAGAUAGCAUCUCAGAGGCAGUGACCUUCAAGGAUGUGGCUGUGAUCUUCACUGAGGAGGAGCUGGGGCUGCUGGACCCUGCCCAGAGGAAGCUGUACCGAGAUGUGAUGCUUGAGAACUUCAGGAACCUGCUCUCAGUGGGGCAUCAACCAUUCCAUGGAGAUACUUUCCACUUCCUAAGGGAAGAAAAGUUUUGGGUGAUGGGGACAACAAGCCAAAGAGAAGGGAAUUCAGGAGGCAAGAUCCAAACUGAGAUGGAGACUGUUCCAGAAGCAGGAACACAUGAAGAAUUUUCCUGCAAGCAAAUUUGGGAACAAAUUGCAAGUGACUUAACCAGGUCUCAAGAUACCACCAUAAGUAACUCUCAGUUAUUUGAACAAGAUGACAGCCCCUCCCAGAUUAAAGCAAGACUAUCUACAGUUCACACAAGAGAAAAACCUUUCCAGGGUGAAAAGUGUAAACAGUCCUUCAGUGAUGUUUCCAUCUUUGAUCUUCCUCAGCAGUUAUAUUCAGGAGAGAAGUCUCAUACCUGUGAUGAGUGUGGAAAAAGCUUCUGCUACAUCUCAGCCCUUCAUAUUCAUCAGAGGGUCCACAUGGGAGUGAAAUGCUAUAAGUGUGAUGUGUGUGGUAAGGAAUUUAGUCAGAGCUCACGUCUGCAAACUCAUCAAAGAGUCCACACUGGAGAGAAACCAUUCAAAUGUGAGCAGUGUGGGAAAGGCUUCAGAUGUAGAUCAGCACUUAAAGUUCAUUGCAAAUUACACAUGAGAGAGAAACCUUAUAAUUGUGAGAAAUGUGGGAAGGCUUUCAUGCACAAUUUCCAGCUUCAGAAACAUCAGAGAAUUCAUACUGGGGAGAAGCCAUUCAAAUGUGAAAUAUGUGGUAAGAGCUUCUGUCUUAGGUCAAGUCUUAAUAGGCAUUGCGUGGUCCACACAGCAGAGAAACUGUACAAAUCUGAAGAGUAUGGAAGAGAUUUCAUUGAUAGGCUAGAUUUGCAUAAGCAUCAGAUGAUUCAUAUGGGACAGAAACCAUAUAAUUGUAAAGAAUGUGGGAAGAGCUUCAAAUGGUCCUCAUAUCUUUUGGUCCAUCAACGAGUCCACACUGGAGAAAAGCCAUACAAAUGUGAGGAGUGUGGGAAGGGCUACAUUAGUAAGUCAGGUCUUGACUUCCACCAUAGAACCCACACGGGAGAGAGAUCUUAUAACUGUGAUAACUGUGGGAAGAGCUUUAGACAUGCUUCUAGUAUUUUGAAUCAUAAGAAACUCCACUGCCAAAGAAAGCCAUUGAAAUGUGAAGACUGUGGAAAGAGGCUUGUAUGCCAGUCAUACUGUAAAGACCAACAAAGAGACCACAGUGGAGAAAACCCAUCCAAAUGUGAGGACUGUGGGAAGCGCUACAAGAGGCGCUUGAAUCUGGAUAUAAUUUUAUCAUUAUUUUUAAAUGACAUAUAAAUUAUACAUAUUUAUGGAGUGUGAAAUUUGAUACAUGUAUAUAAUGUGUGCUGAUUAAAUCAUUUUAAUUUCAUCUGAAA